AUGUGGUUUGCGCGCCUCUUGCUCUCGACCCUUCUCGCCUGGUCGCUGAGCGUCUCGGCCACGAUUAUGGAGAAUGGGCAGCCCAGAGCCGAUCCUUACCCUGGCCAGGUUGAAGCCAUCGACCUCGAUAGCUCCUGGAGAACCUACGAUGCCGAUGCGCCUGAGAUCGCAUACAAGGGCCGCUGGGAUAGUAAACACAUUUCAUGGUGGUCAGCACCCGGGAUAAAACUACAGUUUUCAGGCAGCAAGCUUGCCGUCAGCUUUGGCGAAAACACAAAUGAGGGCACCAUGAUCGCUUAUCGGAUCGGAACUCUCGACUGGCUCUUUUCGAACGUUACCGCCGAUUCUACAUACCAGUUUGUUGGAGAGGGGACGCAGUACGAAGAACUCCCCGGAGAUGGGGACCACAUUUUUGAGAUGAGAGUCACCAACUGGGGCAUAGGAGUUCAGAUGGCUGGAGCCUCAGUCGAUGUCGAUCACUAUCUUGCGAAACCGCCGACGUUUAAGAAAAAGGUGGAGAUUAUCGGAGGGAGUUUGACGGGCGGACAGUACGCUACUUACGAGACUAUCUCCUCCUGGGCCUUCCUCUACGCACAAGGACUCGGAAAUGUCGAGUUCGGGAUUACGGCCUACCCCGGAGCAUGCCUGGCCAACUUGCAGUGCUAUGGCGGAGGUACCCACGGAACGAUCUGGUACUGGCACAAGGCCUCCGACCCCGGCUCCCGCGCUGCCGGCAUGUACGGCGGCGAGCCUGAAGAGUGGGACGUCACGGCCGAACAGCCGGCCGACCUGGUCAUCAUCCAAAUGGGAGGCAAUGACCACCGCCAUCCGAACGAAAUUCCCGGAGAGAACUUCUUCGAUGGGUAUAUUGAGGUCAUCGAGGACGUCCACAAAGCCUGGCCAGACGCUUCAAUUGUCAUCAUGACCCAAUGGGGCGUCUGGAAUCAAGAAGGCGCCGAAUACACCCAAACAACCGUCUACGAAGAAGAAAUCACGCGCGUUUUCGAACACUUCAAAGACCGCAAGUGGAACUUCGUCUACCUCUUCCACGCCAACGGAAUCCUCAGUCAUAACGACAUCAACCCCAAGAACCACCCCACAGAUGUUGGCCACAUCAAGAUUGCAAGCCACCUGCUGCAAUGGACGAAUUUGAUGCUCGGGUGGGAGCUCAACCCGCGCGGACAGAUGACCAGCCAGACGCUUUAUUGGAACGACAUGGAGAAUUACUGA